AUGUGUAGUGUUAUCAUGAAAACCUGGACAGUAGUCAGAUUUUUAAAAGAUGGCUCAGUAGAGGCUGUGCCAACAAAUUGGCUAAGCGGCAAUACUUGUUCUUGGCCACAUUAUGAGGCGAAUAAAUUAGGAAAGGCCCUAAAAAAUGGUGACCCACCUUUACCUACGUGGGAAAAACAUGAAAUAAGUUCAUUUAGAAAUGCGACCUAUGAUGAUUACAGUAUUGCAAGGAGGAAGUGCCAGAAGGCGGAGAAAACAUCGGACCUAAACUCAUCAGAUAAUAGGCCUCGCAGACGCCGUCCCCCUACAAAGUUUGCCACCACGAGCAGCAGCAGCAGUGAGUCAGAGAGUGCUAUGGGGCAUAAAAAUACCAAAAGCAAUCUUCCAAAAAUGCCAGAAUUUGCAUUAAGUAAAGCAUCAGGUGAUUCAGAUUCUUUUCAGGAAGAGGUUGGUGCAAAAGAAACCAUGGAAGAUGGAGAAUCAGUUGACAGCAGUGGAAAAAAUGGAGGUGCAUAUAAAUGUGAACAACAACAUCAAAAAAAUGAGGAAUAUCUAAAGCACAUCCUGAGAAAAUUAAAUAUGUUAGAAUUAAUUGUUACUGACUUACGGGCUGAAGUAAGUAAUCUUUCGAAGAUAUAUACAUUAUCACCCCGAGAACUCCAAGAACAGCCUAUUUUGAAUAUAUGGGAAAAUUUCUCCCUGCCUUUGAAUUCGGAAGAAGAGUUUGUAAAUUUUGAGGAUUUUUUGAAAUCCUCAGAAAAAAAAAUUGAAUCGGUAAGUUCUAUACUGUUACUAAUACCAAAUUCAGUGUAUCCAUAA